GACCACUUGGCUGGACCGGGAGUCCGUGGGAACUACUCUUGGGAGCGAUCUGGGCCCAGCGGCGGGGCAUGUUUUCAUGGUUCCUGCUUCUCAGAAUCGGGCAUUUUUAGCCUUCACUGCGCAUCAGCCACUGGGACUCUUAGAUGUGUUCAUAAACUGGUGGUAAAAGGGGUGGGGGAGAAGACGCAGAAUCUUACCUUGGACUUGGAUCAAUUUUAGCAGGGAAACCAUCUGUAUUGAACAGAAGGUAAAGCACGGUAAACGAAUUCAAGAUGCCUCCUAAUAUAAACUGGAAAGAUAUCAUGAAAGUUGACCCAGAUGACCUCCCUCGGCAAGAAGAACUGGCAGAUAAUUUGUUGGUUUCCCUAUCCAAGGUGGAAAUAAAUGAAAUAAAAAAUGAAAAUCAAGAUAGUUUGGUACACCUUUUCAGAGUUACUCAGUCACUAAUGAAGAUGAAAGCUCAAGAAGUAGAGCUAGCAUUGGAAGAAGUUGAAAAAGCUGGAGAAGAACAAGCAAAAUUUGAAAAUCAAUUAAAAAGUAAAUUAAUGAAACUGGAAAAUGAAUUGGAGAUGGCACAGCAGUCUGGAGGUGGCCGGGACACUCGCUUUCUGCGAGAUGAGAUCCGCGAGCUUGAAAAGCAAUCGGAACAAAAAGACAGAGAGUUAGAGGACAUGGAAAAGGAAUUAGAGAAAGAGAAGAAAGUCAAUGAACAAUUGGCUCUUCGGAAUGAGGAGGCAGAAAAUGAAAACAGCAAAUUAAGAAGAGAGAAUGAGCAACUUCGUCAGGAUAUUGUUGACUAUCAGAAACAAAUAGAUUCACAGAAAGAAACACUUUUAUCAAGAAGAGGAGAAGACAGUGACUAUAGGUCACAGUUAUCUAAAAAAAAUUUUGAACUUGUGCAAUAUCUGGAUGAAAUUCAGACUUUAACAGAAGCUAAUGAGAAAAUUGAACUUCAGAAUCAAGAAAUGAGGAAAAAUCUAGAAGAGUCUGUACAGGAAAUGGAAAAGAUGACCGAUGAAUAUAAUAGAAUGAAAGCUGUCGUACACCAAACAGAUACUAUUAUCGAUCAGUUAAAAAAAGACAAUGAACAUUAUCGGCUUCAAGUGCAGGAGCUCACAGAACAUUUGAAAGCCAAAAAUGAAGAAGAUGAUCCAGUCAUGGUAGCUGUCAAUGCCAAAGUAGAAGAAUGGAAGUUAAUUUUAUCUUCUAAAGAUGACGAAAUUAUUGAAUAUCAGCAAAUGUUACAUAAUUUGAGGGAAAAACUUAAAAAUGCCCAACUUGAUGCUGACAAAAGUAAUGUUAUGGCUCUACAACAGGGCAUACAGGAGCGAGAUAGUCAAAUUAAGUUGCUUACUGAACAAGUAGAACAAUAUACAACAGAAAUGGAAAGAAAUACUUAUGUUAUUGAAGAUUUAAAAACUGAACUCCAAAGAAACAAAGGUGCUUCAACACUUUCUCGAGAGUCUCAUUAUAUGAAAAUUCAAUCAAAACUAAAAAGUUUAGAAGUGAAAACUCAAGAGGCUGAGAGAACUGCUGAGUUGGCCGAGGCUGAUGCUAGGGAAAAGGAUAAAGAACUUGUUGAGUCUCUGAAGCGAUUAAAAGAUUAUGAAUCGGGGAUAUAUGGUUUAGAAGAUGCUGUUAUUGAAAUAAAGAAUGGUAAAAAUCAAAUUAAAAUAAGAGAUCAAGAAAUUGAAGUAUUGAUAAAGGAAAUCAAUAAGCUGGAGUUGAAGAUCAAUGAUUUCCUUGAUGAAAACGAGGCACUUAGAGAACGUUUAGGCCUUGAACCGAAGACAAUGAUUGAUUUAACUGAAUUUAGAAAUAGCAAAAGCUUAAAACAGCAACAGUACAGAGCUGAAAACCAGAUUCUGUUAAAAGAGAUUGAAAGUCUAGAGGAAGAAAGGCUUGACCUGAAAAAAAAAAUCCGUCUAAUGGCUCAAGAAAGAGGAAAAAGAGCUGCAACUUUAGGAUUACCAGUUGAGGACCUGAACGUAGAUGUAAACCUUUUUCUAGAGAAGGGAAUGGGAGAAAGAAAAUUAGACUUUAUGAGCCUCAAAAAUAUUCAUGAAGCUCAGUCCAAGAAUGAAUUUCUUUCAAGAGAAUUAAUUGAAAAGGAAAGAGAUUUAGAAAGAAGUAGAGCUCUAAUAACCAAAUUUCAGAAUAAAUUAAGAGAAUUAGCUGAAGAAAACAAACAACUUGAAGAAGGUAUGAAGGAAAUAUUACAAGCUAUUAAAGAAAUGCAGAAAGAUCCUGAUGUUAAAGGAGAAGAAACAUCUCUCAUUAUCCCUAGUCUUGAAAGACUAGUUAAUGCUAUAGAAUCAAAAAAUGCAGAAGGAAUCUUUGAUGCUAAUCUUCAUUUGAAAGCCCAAGUUGAUCAACUUACUGGCAGGAAUGAAGAAUUAAGACAAGAACUCAGAGGAGCUCGAAAGGAAGCUAUAAGUUAUUCACAGGAGUUGGCUAAAGCAAAUUUAAAGACAGACCAUCUUGAAAAGGAGAUUACUCUUUUAAGACAAUCAGAAGGAUCAAAUGUCAUUUUUAAAGCAGUAGACUUACCUGAUGGGAUAGCACCAUCCAGUGCCAAUAUCAUUAAUUCUCAGAAUGAAUAUUUAAUACAUCUCUUAAAGGAAAUAGAAAAUAAAGAAAAGAAGUUAAGUAAUUUAGAAGAUUCUCUUGAAGAAUAUAAUAGAAAAUUUGCAGUAAUUCGUCACCAGCAAAGCUUAUUAUACAAAGAAUAUCUAAGUGAAAAGGAGGCCUGGAAAACAGAAUCUGAAACAAUUAAAGAAGAAAAGAGAAAACUUGAAGAUCAAAUCCAACAAGAUGCUAUAAAAGUAAAAGAAUAUAAUAAUUUACUUAGUGCUCUUGAGGUGGAUCCAGAUGAAAUGAAAAAAAUACUUGCAGAAAAUAGUAGAAAGAUCACGGUCUUAAAAGUGAAUGAAAAGUCACUCAUAAGGCAAUAUACAACUUUAGUAGAAAUGGAACGACAACUGAGAAAAGAAAAUGGGAAACAAAAGAGUGAAUUGAUGUCAAUGGAAUCAGAUGUUUAUGAAAAAAUUGGAUGCUUGCAAAGAUUUAAGGAAAUGGCUGUCUUCAAGAUUGCAGCUCUUCAAAAAGUUUUAGAUAAUAGUGUCUCUCUGUCAGAACUAGAAUUGGCCAAUAAACAAUACAAUGAGCUGACAGCUAAGUACAGGGACGUCUUGCAAAAAGAUAAUAUGCUUGUUCAAAGAACAACUAACUUGGAACACUUAGAGUGUGAAAAUGCAUCCCUGAAAGAACAGAUGGGGACUAUAAAUAAAGAACUGGAGAUUACCAAGGAAAAACUGCACACUAUUGAACAAGCAUGGGAACAAGAAUCUAAAUUAGGAAAUGAAUCUACCAUGGAUAAGACCAAGAAAUCAAUAACCAACAGUGAAAUUGUUUCUAUUUCAAAAAAAAUCACAAUGUUGGAAAUGAAGGAAUUAAAUGAAAGACAGCGAGCUGAACAUUCUCAAAAAAUGUAUGAACAUGUCAGGAAUUCAUUAAAACUAAUGGAAGAACGUAAUUUUGAAUUGGAAUCCAAAUUUGCUGAGCUUACUAAAAUCAACUUAGACGCACAGAAGGUGGAGCAGAUGUUAAGAGAUGAGUUAGCCGACAGUGUGAGCAAAGCAGUCAGUGAUGCUGACAGGCAAAGGAUUCUAGAAUUCGAGAAGAAGGAAAUGGAGCUCAAAAUCGAAGUGUCCAAACUCAGAGAGAUUUCUGAUAUUGCCAAAAGGCAAGUUGAAAUUUUGAACACACAACAACAGUCCAGGGAAAAUGAAGUCCAGUCCCUCAGAAUGCAGCUUUUAGACUAUCAGGCACAGUCUGAUGAAAAGGCACUAAUUGCCAAGUUGCACCAACAUAUUGUCUCGCUUCAAAUUAGUGAAGCUACUUCUCUUGGUAAGUUGGAGUCAAUUACAUCUAAACUGCAGAAGACGCAGGCUUAUAAUUUGCGCUUAGAGCAAAAACUUGAUGAAAAAGAACAGGCUCUUUAUUAUGCUCGCUUGGAGGGAAGAAACAGAGCAAAACAUCUGCGCCAAACAAUUCAGUCUCUACGCCGCCAAUUUAGUGGAGCUUUACCCUUGGCGCAGCAGGAAAAGUUUUCUAAAACAAUGAUUCAACUACAAAAUGACAAACUGAAGAUCAUGCAAGAAUUGAAAAAUUCUCAAAAUGAACACAGAAAUAUGGAAAAUAAAGCACUGGAGAUGGAAUUAAAACUAAAGGGCUUAGAAGAGUUAAUAAGCACUUUAAAGGAUUCCAGGGGAGCACAAAAAGUCAUCGAUUGGCAUAGGAAAAUAGAAGAACUCCGUCUUCAAGAGCUUAAACUAAAUCGAGAAUUAGUCAAGGAUAAAGAAGAAAUAAAAUAUUUAAAUAAUAUAAUAUCUGAAUAUGAGCAUACAAUCAGUAAUCUAGAGGAAGAAAUUGUACAGCAGAACAAGUUUCAUGAGGAAAGACAAAUGGCCUGGGAUCAAAGAGAAGUUGAGCUUGAACGUCAACUCGACAUCUUUGACCGUCAGCAAAAUGAAAUACUAAAUGCAGCACAAAAGUUUGAAGAAGCCACGGGAUCAAUACCUGACCCUAGUUUGCCUCUUCCAAAUCAGCUUGAGAUUGCUCUAAGGAAAAUUAAGGAGAAUGUUCGAGUAAUCCUAGAAACAAGGGCAACAUGCAAAUCAUUAGAAGAGAAGCUAAAAGAAAAAGAAUCUGCUUUAUGUUUAGCAGAGCAAAAUAUUCUUUCAAGAGACCAAGUAAUCAAUGAACUGAGGCUUCGAUUGCCUGCCAGUGCAGAAAGAGAAAAGCUCAUUUCUGAGCUAGGCAGGAAAGAGAUGGAACCACAGUCACAGCACACAUUGAAAAUUGCUCAUCAAACCAUUGCAAGCAUGCAAGCCAGAUUACAUCAAAAGGAGGAAGUGUUAAAGAAGUAUCAGAAUCUCCUAGAAAAAGCCCGAGAGGAGCAAAGAGAAAUUGUUAAAAAACAUGAAGAAGAUCUUCAUUCUCUUCAUCAUAAAUUAGAACUACAGGCUGAUAGUUCACUCAAUAAAUUCAAACAAACAGCUUGGGACUUAAUGAAACAACCUCCUGUUGCAGUCCCCACCAACAAGCAUUUUAUUCGUCUGGCUGAGAUGGAGCAGACAGUAGCAGAGCAGGAUGAUUCUCUCUCUUCACUUUUGAUCAAACUGAAGCAAGUGUCACAAGACUUAGAGAGACAAAAAGAAGUCACUGCACUAAAAGUCAAAGAAUUUGAAAAUGUGAAAGUAAAACUCCAAGUAAACCAUGCAGAUGAAGUUAAAAAAGUGAAAACAGAAGUGGAAAAUUUAAAGUCCCUACUGGCUCAGUCACAAAAGGAAUCACAGAGUUUAAAAUCUGAAAUUCAGGCUCAAAAAGAAGCCAAUUCUAGAGCUCCCACAACUACAAUGAGAAAUCUAGUAGAACGGCUAAAAAGCCAAUUGGCCUUGAAAGAGAAGCAACAGAAAGCACUUAGUCGAGCACUUUUGGAACUUCGGGCAGAUAUGACAGCAGCGGCUGAAGAACGUAUUAUUUCUGCAACUUCUCAAAAAGAAGCAAAUCUCAAUGUCCAACAGGUUGUUGACCGCCACACUAGAGAACUGAAGUUACAAAUUGAAGAUUUAAAUGAAAAUCUUUUAAAAAUGAAAGAAUCACUUAAAACAAGUAAGAAUAGAGAAAACACCCUUGCUGAUAAUGUGAAUGACUUAAACAAUGAAUUGCAAAAGAAACAAAAAGCAUAUAAUAAAAUACUUAGAGAAAAAGAUGGAGUCGAUCAGGAGAAUGAUGAACUAAAAAGGCAAAUUAAAAGACUAACCAGUGGAUUACAGGGAAAACUUCUGCUUGAUAAUAAACAAGGCUUAAUUGAAGAACUCCAAAAGAAAAUUAAAAAGCUAGAAAGUCAGCUUGAAAGAAAGAUGGAUGAGGUUGACUUAAAACCUAUGAAAGAAAAGAGUGCUAAAGAGGAAUUAAUUCGGUGGGAAGAAGGUAAAAAAUGGCAAACCAAAGUAGAGGGAAUUCGAAAUAAAUUAAAAGAGAAAGAGGGAGAAAUCUAUACUCUAACAAAACAGUUAAGUACUCUGAAGGAUCUUUUUGCCAAAGCUGAUAAAGAAAAACUGACUUUGCAGAGGAAACUAAAAACAACUGGCUUGACUGUUGAUCAGGUUUUGGGAGUGCGAGCAUUGGAGUCAGAAAAAGAAUUAGAAGAACUGAGAAAGAGAAAUCUUGAGUUAGAAAGUGACAUAACAUAUAUGAGGACCCAACAAGCUCUUCCUCGUGACUGUGUGAUAGAAGAUUUACAAUUACAAAACAGAUAUCUCCAAGAAAAACUCCAUGCUCUAGAGAAACAGUUGUCAAAAGGUGCAGAUUCUAGGCUUUUGGCUUCAGGAAUAGAGUCCAAUGAUCCUUGUCAAAGAGAACAGGCGCUUCGGAAGGAAAACUUGAAGCUGUCAUCUGAAAAUGUUGAACUAAAAUUUCAACUUGAACAAGCAAAUAAAGAUUUGCCAAGAUUAAAGAAUCAAGUAAGAGAUUUAAAGGAAAUGUGUGAAUUUCUUAAAAAAGAAAAAAACGAAAUUGAGCGGAAGCUUGGUCACGUUAGAGGGUCUGGUAGAAGUGGGAAGACAAUCCCAGAAUUAGAAAAAACCAUUGGUUUAAUGAAAAAAGUAGUUGAAAAAGUCCAAAGAGAAAAUGAGCAGUUCAAAAAAGCAUCAGGAAUACUAACCAGUGAGAAAAUGGCUAAUAUUGAGCAAGAAAAUGAAAAGUUGAAGUCUGAAUUGGAAAAACUUAAAGCUCACUUUGGACAUAAGUUGAGCAUGCAUUAUGAGUCUAAGACCAAAGGCACAGAGAAAAUUGUUGCUGAAAAUGAGAGGCUUCGUAAAGAACUUAAAAAAGAAACUGAAGCUGCAGAGAAAUUACGGAUAGCCAAGAAUAACUUAGAAAUAUUGAAUGAGAAGUUGACAGUACAACUAGAGGAGACUGGUAAGAGGUUACAGUUUGCAGAAAGUAGAGGUCCGCAGCUUGAAGGCGCUGACAGCAAGAGCUGGAAAUCAGUUGUUACAAGAAUGUAUGAAACCAAAUUGAAAGAAUUGGAAACUGAUAUUGACCAAAAAAAUCAAAGCAUUCUUGAUCUUAAACAGCUUGUAAGAGAAGCAGCAGAUAGAGAGCAAAAAAUUAAGAAAUACACUGAAGACCUUGAGCAACAGAUUGAGAUUCUCAAAAAUGUUCCUGAAAGCGCUAAGACAGAACAAGGCCUUACACAAGAGCUCCAAGUUUUGAGAUUAACUAAUAGUCAACUGGAAAAGGAAAAGGCAGAAUUAAUACAUCAGAUAGAAGUUAACAAAGACCAAAAUGGUGAUGAUGAAAGAACCAAACUUGAUACUGAGCAACUAAAGGAAAAGGUGAAAGAUAUAGAGACACAGCUUAAAAUUUCAGACGUAGAAAAGCAGCAAUUGAAGGAGCAAAUUAAAAAGCUGAAAAAGGAACUGGAAAAUUUUGAUCCUUCAUUUUUUGAAGAAAUUGAAGAUCUGAAGUAUAAUUAUAAGGAAGAAGUGAAAAAAAAUAUUCUUUUAGAAGAGAAGUUAAAGAAACUUGCUGAACAGUUUGGAUUUGAACUAACUAGUCUUACUGAUGCUUCUGAGCAAUUUGAAGAUGAAGAUGAAAGUCCUGCUAAUUUUCCCAUUUAUUAAUGGCCUCCCAUAUUUAUAUUACAUGUAGUUAGCUAUUAACUUCGUAAGUUAAAAUUCCAUCGAAAAAUCAAGUUUCUGAACUGUAGAAUUUUAUUCUCUACCUAAAUAUUGUACAUUUUACCCAAAUUGUAAUUUUUAAUAAAUAAAGUUAUAUGAAAUUCUUAACUCAUUAGGAAAGUAUACAUUUUGGAGACUUAGAUUAAAUUAAUAAA